CGCCGGCCACUCGUUUUCCUCCGUCUAGUUCUCUCCAUGUGCUCGCGACCGCUCGAUGCUCCGCUGUCCGAGGCUUUAGCGAGUAGCGGCUGACUUAGCGCUCGCUUUAGAAAAGUUGCAUUUGUGCCGUUUUAAAUAGUGCUCGAACUGUCAUUCUUAUGUUGUGUUAUAUAUAUCUGCUCUUCGCGUGCAAUUAUGGCUUGAACGAAUACUGUGGCAUCGAAGUGGAAAAAAAAACAAUCGUACAGUGACUGAUUACUACUAUUAACAAUGUUAUUCAUCCCAUACCAAGGGAUGGCAGUGAUCUUGCUCGCCCUCGUGGGGUCGACAGCGUCCCCGACUCAAGGACCUCCGCCGUCCGAGUUGCGGCAUCCUUCAGCAGGGUCCAUCAGCGCCACCGCCUCGCUGAACCUCCAAGGACGCCAGCGCAGAGAAGCCUUACACCCACACACGUUCCUAACGACACCAGAACUGAUCCAGGCGCGAGGUUACCCGUCCGAGGUGCAUCACGUGAUUUCUCCCGACGGCUACAUUCUGCAGAUGCACCGGAUUCCGUGCGGUCGACGGCACCUCGUCAAUGGAAGGCGUUGCGACACGGGAGGACGUAGGCGGGUCGUGUUCAUCCAGCACUGCUUGCUUUGUUCCAGCGCCGAUUUCGUCAUGAACGAUCCUGACCAAGCCUUAGGUUUCAUAAUGGCGGACGCGGGAUACGACGUCUGGUUGGGAAACACGCGAGGAAAUGUCUACAGUCGGCGUCACAUUCACCUUUCUCCCAAAGAGCCUGAGUUCUGGGAUUUCAGCUGGGACGAAUUCGCAAAAUACGACAUGCCUGCAAUGUUACAGCACGUCAGGGAAAUUACAGGAGUGCCGAUUCUAGAUUACAUAGGGCACUCCAUGGGCACAACAAUCUUCUUCGUUAUGAUGAACUACCAUCCUCAUAUCAACAAUUGGAUUCGCGUGAUGGUCGGUAUGGCGCCUGUUGCUUACAUGCACAAUAAGCGUGCUCCCAUUUCAGCCUUUGCGCCCUUUGUGAAUAUUAUAGACCGAUUCCUCGAGGACAAAGGUUUCAACGAAAUCGCCAACUCGAACAGCGGUUUCUCUACUUUGGCGUCUGCUGCCUGCGCUCCCACGUCUAUCCUCAGGUUCAUUUGCAGUCUUAUCCACUUCCUUAUCGACGGUCCGUCCUCAGAUUAUGUAGAUAAGGACUACCUCCCGGUCAUUUUCGCGCAUACUCCUGCCGGAACCUCUCGCCGGGUCGUGACGCAUUUUCUCCAGGUCAUUGCCUCAGAGCAAUUUCAAGCCUAUGACCACGGCCCAAAGAGGAACCUGAAGAUGUAUGGGUCGGUGGCUCCCCCCGUCUACUCGCUCGGAAAUAUCAAAGUUCCUGUGGGGAUCUUUUGGUCAGAGAACGACUGGGUUGCUGAUCCGAGGGACGUCUACCAAACGGCCGCAGAGCUUCCCAACGUGACCCUCUACCAGCGUGUUCCGCCUCGAGAUUUCAGCCACACCGACUUCCUGUGGGCGGAAAAUGCACGCUGGUUUGUCUACAACCCUCUGAUGGAAUUCCUCGAUAGUUACCAUUAACGUUGGCGAAGGAGCCUGGAUUUUGUUUUCUUGUUUUAUUUUUUUUCUUUCUUUGUUUUCUUUCUUUCUCUCUUUCUUUCUGGCUUUUUUUACCAUGAACGUUGAAAAAGGAGCAUUUUUUUUUCUUUAUUUUUGAUUUUGUUAUAUCCCCAAUCCACAUAUCUGUUCUAGCUCCCGUCCCCGUACCGAGGAAAGGAAUGGGAACGGGAGAGGUCGGAAAAGGACCUUAACGGAGUCUAAAUGGAACACUAGUGAACGUUAGUAAAUCCUCCAUGAACGGUAAGAGAGGCUGAGUUCAGGCUGCUUGUUCAAAAUGCAAGCCGUUCCCCUCCCAUUCGAGGAGACCGGCAAUAAAUCCAUCGGUAAUGGAACUGAUGGAUCGUUAA